AUGAAUGUGGUUCUCAAGAUGGUUGUUGGAAAACGUUACUUUAGUGUGGUUGAAGUGGGAGAGGAGCACAAAGGGGUGGAAAUUAGGGCUAUGAAGAGGAUCGCCAGGGAGUUGGAUGUGAUUGCUGAGAGCUGGCUUCAAGAGCAUCUGCAGAGAAGGCUGAUGAUCAUGAUGUUGAUCUUAGCUGCCACAGACACCACCGCGACAUCCUUGUCAUGGGCUCUUUCUUUGCUACUGAACAAUAAACAAGUGCUCAAAAAGUCUCAAGAAGAAAUAGACAAGCAAGUCGGCAAGGAUAGGAAUGUGGAUGAGAAAGACAUUAUUAACCUUCCAUAUCUCCAUGCAAUUGUUAAGGAAACACUCCGCCUAUACCCUGUGGCUCCUCUUCUGUUACCCCAUGAAGCCAUAGAAGAUUGUAAGAUACCUUUUGAUGAACCUGUGGACAUGACUGAAGGUACAGGUCUGACAUUGCCCAAGGAAAUGCCAUUGGAAGUCCUCCUCAGUCCUCGACUCUCUUCCCAUCUUUAUGAGUAA